CGGGAGCCCGCCCCGCCCGCCCCGCUGCUCUCAGAGUCGGGGGCUCCUCCCAGAUGGGAUAAGCUGUAAAGAUGUUUAGUUUUGAAGGGGAUUUCAAAACGAGGCCCAAGGUGUCCCUCGGAGGCGCCAGUAGGAAGGAAGAAAAGGCUUCUCUUUUACAUCGUACUCAGGAAGAAAGAAGAAAGAGAGAGGAGGAAAGACGAAGAUUGAAAAAUGCAAUAAUUAUACAGUCAUUUAUACGAGGCUACAGAGACCGGAAACAGCAACACGCGGUCCAGAGAAGCGCGUUCGAUCGCUGCGCCGCCGCCUCUCAGUCCGGUGGUACUUUCUCCGUUGCCAGUGGCCCCAACCUUACCCUUUUGGUGAGGCAGCUUCUGUUUUUCUACAAGCAGAACGAAGACUCGAAACGUUUGAUAUGGAUGUAUCAGAACUUAAUUAAACACAGCUCUCUGUUUGUCCAGCAGUUGGAUGGAUCUGAGCGACUUACAUGUUUAUUUCAAAUAAAGAGGUUGAUGAGCCUCUGUUGCAGGUUAUUGCAAAACUGUAAUGAUGACAGUUUGAAUGUUGCACUUCCAAUGAGGAUGCUUGAGGUGUUUUCAUCUGAGAAUACUUACUUGCCUGUUUUACAAGACGCUAGCUACGUGGUGUCCAUCAUUGAACAGAUUUUGCACUACAUGAUUCAGAAUGGGUAUUAUAGAUCUCUCUAUUUGUUAAUUAACAGCAAGCUUCCAUCAAGUAUUGAAUAUUCUGAUUUAUCUCGAGUUCCUAUAGCAAACAUUUUGCUAGAGAAUGUUCUGAAACCAUUGCACUUUACUUACAACUCCUGUCCAGAAGGUGCAAGGCAACAAGUUUUUAGCGCCUUCACUGAGGAGUUGUUGGCAGCACCUUUUACAGAUCAGAUUUUUCAUUUCAUCAUUCCAGCCUUAGCGGAUGCACACACUGUUUUCCCUUACGAGCCCUUCCUGAGCGCACUGUUGUUCCCAGAGAGCAGGCGCUCCAAGACGAGCAGUGGGGCACCGUGGCUCUUCUUCUUUGUCUUAACUGUUGGCGAGCAUUACCUGGGGACCCUCUCUGAGGAAGGACUGCUGGUGUAUUUAAGAGUACUCCAGACCUUUCUCUCUCAGCUACCAGUUUCACCUACCGGCACGAGCUGUCAAGAUUCGGCCAGUGACUCAGAAGAUGAGGGUGAAGAGGCCGAUAAGCAGCCGAGCGCUCCGGAGGAUGGUAGGCUCUCAGUACCAUACAUAACGGAGGAGUGUCUGAAGAAGUUGGACACGAAGCAGCAGACCAACACCCUGUUAAACCUGGUGUGGAGGGACUCAGCCAGCGAGGAGGCCUUUACUCUGAUGGCAUCGAUCGGCCACACGCUUAUGGUGCAGCAUCGGAUGGUGGUGCCCAAAGUCAGGCAAGUGUUGUCUAUGGUGCCGCUGCUCCAGGUGAUCUCUAGGGGUUCUCCGAUGUCUUUGGAAGACUCCAGUCGGAUCAUCCCUCUCUUUUACCUGUUUAGCUCUCUCUUCAGUCACUCGCUAAUUUCCAUACAUGACAAUGAAUUCUUUGGAGAUCCCAUAGAAGUUGUAGGUCAAAGACAAUCAUCAAUGAUGCCUUUUACUCUUGAAGAGCUGAUAAUGUUGUCUCGCUGCCUUCGAGAUGCCUGCCUAGGGAUCAUCAAGUUGGCUUAUCCAGAAACAAAACCAGAAGUUCGAGAAGAAUAUAUUACAGCAUUUCAAAGUAUUGGAGUUACAACUAGUUCUGAAAUGCAACAAUGUAUACAGAUGGAACAGAAACGAUGGAUUCAGUUAUUUAAGGUGAUCACCAAUCUGGUGAAAAUGCUGAAGGCCAGAGACACAAGGAGAAAUUUCUGUCCUCCAAACCACUGGCUGUCAGAACAAGAAGAUAUUAAAGCAGAUAAGGUCACCCAGCUCUACGUCCCGGCUUCCAGACACGUGUGGAGGUUCCGGCGGAUGGGGAGAAUCGGCCCCCUGCAGUCGAGCCUGGACGUGGGUUUGGAGUCCCCGCCUCUGUCUGUGUCCGAGGAGAGACAGCUGGCCAUCCUGACAGAGCUGCCCUUCGUGGUUCCGUUCGAGGAGCGAGUCAAGAUCUUUCAGAGGUUGAUUUAUGCAGAUAAGCAAGAAGUUCAAGGAGAUGGUCCAUUUCUGGAUGGAAUUAAUGUCACAAUAAGAAGAAAUUAUAUUUACGAAGAUGCUUAUGACAAACUUUCCCCAGAAAAUGAGCCUGAUUUGAAAAAGCGGAUCCGUGUGCACUUACUCAAUGCCCAUGGCCUGGACGAAGCCGGCAUCGACGGUGGUGGGAUUUUCAGAGAGUUUCUGAAUGAGCUGCUCAAGUCAGGAUUUAACCCCAACCAGGGGUUCUUCAAGACCACUAAUGAGGGGCUCCUGUACCCCAGCCCGGCCGCUCAGAUGCUCGUGGGAGAUUCCUUCGCCAGACACUACUACUUCCUGGGCAGGAUGCUUGGAAAGGCUCUCUAUGAAAAUAUGCUGGUAGAAUUGCCCUUUGCUGGGUUCUUCCUGUCCAAAUUGCUUGGAACCAGCGCAGACGUGGACAUCCAUCAUCUCGCCUCGUUAGAUCCCGAAGUGUAUAAGAAUCUGCUUUUUCUCAAGAGCUACGAAGGCGACGUGGAGGAACUUGGGCUGAACUUCACUGUGGUGAACAAUGACCUGGGAGAGGCACAGGUAGUCGAACUGAAGUUUGGUGGGAAAGACAUUCCUGUCACCAGUGCCAACAGGAUCGCGUAUAUCCACCUUGUCGCCGACUACAGGCUGAACAGGCAGAUCCGUCAGCACUGUCUGGCCUUCAGACAGGGCCUGGCCAACGUGGUGAACCUGGAGUGGCUGCGAAUGUUCGAUCAGCAGGAGAUCCAGGUGUUAAUUUCUGGUGCACAAGUUCCCGUAAGUCUAGAGGACCUGAAGUCCUUUACAAACUAUUCAGGAGGCUAUUCCGCCGACCAUCCUGUAAUCAAAGUCUUUUGGAGAGUUGUGGAAGGAUUCACCGAUGAAGAAAAGCGCAAGCUGCUCAAAUUCGUAACGAGCUGCUCCCGACCCCCUCUCUUGGGGUUUAAGGAGCUGUACCCCGCGUUCUGCAUUCACAACGGAGGCUCUGACCUCGAGCGGCUCCCCACGGCCAGCACCUGCAUGAACCUGCUGAAGCUCCCCGAGUUCUAUGACGAGACCCUUCUGCGAAGUAAGCUUCUCUACGCCAUCGAAUGUGCUGCUGGCUUUGAGCUGAGCUGAGCCCAGACGGGGACUGACCCUCCGCAGAGGAGUGCCUGUGGCCGCACCGUGGGCAGCUCCCCCGGCCGCUGAGGGCGCUGGGGCCGGACUCCUGCAGCUCUCCUGCCCCCCUUCCCGUCCCUCACGCCCCCUCCUCCAUUUUCUAGAUGGUCCGUUAAGUCAUGGUCGCUCACUUAGAUGGACACUGCUUUUCCGAUAACUUAGAGUAACCAAUGUUAUGUGCCAUGUGGCUACUUUAGUAACUUUGCCAAGAAGAGCACAGUUUUAAGACUAGUGGCAACUCAGUGAAAUUAACCAAAGAUGAAGCUUUGGCUUUGCUGAUGGACUCGAGCCCUUCCUGGGCUGGGGGGUGCUGGGGGGGGGGCGGGGGGCAGCGCGUUUGCUCGGUCUGCAGAGACACUGGGUCUGAGAGAUAGAGAUGUGUCCUCUCUGGGCCCGUUGCUUCUCGUGUGGCUGAAUUGUUUACAGUCCUGUUAAAACUAAAGGCAUUUUCUCUCCUGCUGCCUUUUCCCAAAGUGGUUAGGUUUGGAAAAUACACAACAAUGAUAAUGCUGUAUUUGUGCUUUUUAAGCCAUUCCCCUGAAUGGGACUAGCAUGCUUGUUUCGGUUUACCGUUGACCGCAUCAUGGUGGUUUGGGUAUUCCUGUGUGUGGGUGUGUGUGAGGGGAGACUUCAUCCUUCUUCCAUUUCUGGCUCCACCUCGUGGCCACAGAGCUUCCGGGAGAGGGGAGGGGCUCGUCCGGUUCCCGCGGCCCGCGUGGCCCGCGAUCGGCGCGACUUGGAGAGAGCAGACACUGGCAUCGAUUCGAGUCACUUGAACCAAAGUGGGAGGCUGCGGGUUUGCACUGGGCGCCGCCUGCCAUGCGGGGCCUCGAGGCCGGCCGCCCUCCUCCCCCGGGGCUGCGCCCGCCCCUCUUGCCAGAUAUCUGGGCCGUGGGCCACGCUUCUGCACCCUCUGCUUCUCGACGGUGCUGCGCUGAAGGAAGCCUGGACAGUCCCCAGCGCGUGUCCGGGGGAGGAGUGGUGGUGACUCUCUCUUAAAAAGGCACUUUAUCAGGACCUACCUUGUUGCUGGGUGAUUUCGGUCUCUGAAAACGGAGAGCGCGUCAGAGCGUCAGUCAUGAGAGCCAGAGUGACCCUCGCUGAUGCUGGGGGCCUGGGGGCUCUCGCUCUGACCUCCCUCUGCCUCACCUAGCGUUUCCUGUCACUGGGCUGUGGGCUGUCCUAUGGAAUUGACCAGAAUUAGCAAUAUGCUUUUAAAUGUGGGGAAACUGAAUGACACUUUUAAGACAAUGACCAUAUCAAAACAAAAUGUAUAAUUUCAUAAUUUGAAUAAUAAAUUAAGUGUUUAAAUGCUAUUUGUAGUCUUGAUAUACAGAAAUAAAAUAAUUAGGGUUUGU